AUGUUGCGCGGUUGCCUCCAGCAUCUGAGCGAGAUUUCCUCAUUCAGCGCAGUACAGCCUGCACCCUUCUCCAUAUUCACUGAUAAGGCUAUGGUCAUGAUCAAACCGACACCGGCCGUCGUCCAGAGGAUCAAUGGCGAACUCAAGGUGAAGACUGAAGGGAAGCUGUCUUGGCUCUUCAUGAACAAGUCUGCCGAGGGAAGCACUGGCAAGACUUACGAUAAGCAGUCGUUGCUAUCCAUAUCACUUAACGCUGCUAAGGCUGCUGAAAUCUUGACACUCUCACCAGCUGCUGGUGGUACUAUAAAUCCCAGUGCCUUCUCCAAGGGAGGGCCCCAAUCUCUCUCCUUCUCACCGGUCACCAAACCCGCUGAUGGGGAGACCGAGGCGAAGCAGGCGGUUCAUAUUGUGGCCACCGAUUUCCCUCAGGCCCCUCCUGCCCCGAGCGUCGAUGACUUUUUCUCCUAA